AUGGAGGAGGACGGUUCGCAUCUCCUGCAGCAGACAGAACUUGAUCCUAUUUCUCGACCAGACUCAACUUCGACGUCUGCAUCAGCUUCAUUACCACACGUAUUACCAGGCAUUUCGGCUCUUGCUGCUGCCAACGCUGCUACAGAAGCGACAUCUCAACUAAGAGCAUCGGCCGCUCCGUCGCCCGCAAUGUAUGCCACUGCAUCUCCUGCCGCUACGAGUGGGGGAUCUGGAAGUACAAUGCCUACCUGCCAAAAUUGCAGUACCUCUACAACACCAUUAUGGCGUCGCGACGAAUUUGGCUCGGUUCUGUGCAAUGCCUGUGGCUUGUUCCUCAAGCUGCAUGGUAGACCCCGGCCAAUUUCGCUCAAGACAGACGUUAUCAAGAGUCGCAAUCGAGUCAAGACAAUGCGCCCUGAUUUGGCGAAUAAGAAAAAGCAACAACAGCAGCAGCAGCAAGCAGCUGCGCAAGGCUUCCCUACGACCGAUGCAAAUGGAUUCGAUACGACCGGACAGGCUGCCGCAGCCGCUGCACACGCUGCUCAAGCCGCGCGACGAGCGUCCCAGAGAUCGAACGGCCACGACGGAGCCGACUCACCAAUCUCCCGCACUGGUACCCCCUCUAUGUACGCGCAUGGCUUGUCCCAGUUCAUGGUCGACGACCCUUACCAGACCAGUUUCGUCGCCACAGGGGAAGGUCGCGCGUCAUCUCCUACGAACGGGGAUCGCAAAAUGGACGCGCCACAGACGCAUGAGCAGCUCAUUGCGCACAACUCAAGCCUGAAGACGCGGGUCAGCGAACUCGAAGUGAUCAUUGAGCUUUUCCGAGGCCGCCUUAGCCAACUCGAGCAACAAGAAGCUGUCGUUAGAAGCGGACAGCAGUUAACCCAGUUGCGCUCUCAACUGGACCAGACACAGGAGAGCGAGGCUCAGCUACGCAGGCAGCUGGAGGAUAGCCAUCGACGAGAGAGUAGCCUCAAGCGACGUCUGGAUGACCUCGAACUCGAGCUCCAAGCUUUCCAAGGAGCCAAUUUGGCCUCUGGAGAGAGACCCGCCAAGAGACCACGCACCACUGAAGAGCCUACAAAGACACAAGCAGAAGCAGAUAUUGAGGCGGCGGCUGAGGCAUUGCUGGCUUCGGAAGCCUCUAGGCCGAGCGAGGCUGUCGAAUCUGCCCCUGUUGUGGAUGCUCCUGAGCCAACUGAGUUGCCACAGCAUUCUGAGGGCUCAAAAGAGCAUUCUGUUCCCAAAACCGAGGAUGAGAUCGAGGCUGCUGACGUUCCGAUCGAUCCUAACAUGCCCGUAAUUGACGAUGUUUCCCAACCUGCAGCCGCAGAAGAAACAACGAAAACGGAGGAUGUUGAGAUCCCUGACGCACCUGAUGCAUCUGAGGCACCUAGCGCGCCUGAAGCAGCUGAAGCAACUGAAGCAGCUGAUGCCACUGCCGCUGCCGCUGCCACCGCUGAAGCCUCUCCUGAGGCUACUGAAGGGACAGAAACUCCUGCACCUGCUACUGCAGCUACAUGA